AUCUAAUCCAAAACUUCCAAAAAAAAAACCCCCAAUUUCAAUCCAAUCAUUCAAGUAAGAGAAAAAAAAAAAGAAAAAUGAUAAGUGGGUCAUUAGCAAUUCCUGCAUCUCAUUGUUGUUCAUCUGCUAAAUUUUUAGAAUCAAAUGAUAUUAAUCUUAGAUUUUCUUCAUCUUCUUCAAAAAGAUUUAGUUCAACUAUAACUUGCAAUGUUUCUUCUUCUUCAAAUAAUAAUAAGAUACCAAAGUUAGAGCCUUUUAGCAGAAGUAAGUUUGAAAGAGGUGUAAAAGAUCCUCCUUUGAUUGAGAAAUCUGAAAAUCAACUUGCUGAUUAUUGUUCAGCGCUUGAAGGUGAAGAUUCUUACAGUUGUUGGCAAGCAUAUUUUGAGCUCAAAGAUCUUGAGAAAGAGUCCCCAAAACAAGAAGUGGAGAGGCUGAUAAUAGAAGCAGGAGGAGUGAAGUCUCUGAUAGGAUGUAUCCAUGGAGUAACAGCCAUUCACAAAGCACACAAGGAAGCGUCUGAGAACCCGGAAAAGGAAGAUAACAAGGUGAAGAAUGGAGAAGAGAGAAAGAUACCAACGCAUAUACCAGAUGGACUGCCAAAGACUGCGGAGGAAUUAGAGGAAGAAGAGAAAGGAAGGAUGCCUGAUUCUCCCUUUACCAGGAUGCUAAGGCAUAGGGGUAAACACCCUGCUUGGUACUCUCCUGUCCCAGACCACGAAACCGACUGAAUCUACUACUAAGAAUCAAGAUCAUCAGAGUAAUUCAUGGUGUACUUAAUAAGUUUAAUCAUUGUAUUAUGGAUGAAAUUAAGGUUUUGAGGGAAAUGGUAUGUUUUUUUUUGUAUGGCUCAAGUAUAUUGUUAGUUUGUUACUCCUCAUUAGCUGUUGUUAGGUUUUCCUGUCUGUGUGUAUAUUAUAUAUAGACAUUCUUGUAAUUCUGGAUUUUCUUAUACUAAGAAGCACUUUCUUAUAAAUACACUCUUUAGGUGUUCUUGUU